CUGUUCUCCUUUCAGCAACAGAGUAAAGAUGCCUCACGCUUAUCCAUUCCUGAGCCCUGAUCAGAAGAAAGAGCUGAGUGACAUUGCUCAGAGGAUCGUUGCUCCGGGAAAGGGAAUUCUUGCUGCCGAUGAGUCCACAGGCAGCGUAGCAAAGCGUUUCCAGAGCAUCAAUGCUGAGAACACCGAGGAGAACAGACGUCUGUACCGGCAGCUGCUGUUCACCGCUGACGACCGCAUCAAACCCUGCAUCGGUGGAGUCAUCCUCUUCCACGAGACCCUCUAUCAGAAGACCGAUGAUGGCAAGCUUUUCUCUCAGCUGAUUAAGGAGAGAGGCAUGGUGGUGGGAAUCAAGGUGGACAAGGGUGUUGUGCCUCUGGCCGGCACCAAUGGAGAGACCACCACUCAGGGUCUGGAUGGUCUGUACGAGCGUUGCGCUCAGUACAAAAAAGAUGGUGCUGACUUCGCUAAAUGGCGCUGUGUGUUGAAGAUCACACCCACAACUCCAUCCAAUCUUGCCAUUAUUGAGAAUGCCAAUGUGCUCGCCCGCUACGCCAGCAUCUGCCAGAUGCAUGGUAUUGUACCCAUCGUGGAGCCUGAGAUCCUGCCUGAUGGUGAUCAUGACCUGAAGAGAUGCCAGUACGUGACGGAGAAGGUUCUGGCAGCGGUGUACAAGGCUCUUUCAGACCAUCAUGUGUAUCUGGAGGGAACCCUGCUGAAGCCCAACAUGGUGACGGCCGGUCACUCCUGCUCCCAUAAAUACUCACCUCAGGAGAUCGCCAUGGCUACUGUCACAGCCCUGCGCCGCACCGUUCCACCUGCUGUCCCCGGCAUCACCUUCCUUUCUGGAGGCCAGAGCGAGGAGGAAGCUUCAAUCAACCUGAGCACCAUCAACCAGUGUCCGCUGAGCAAACCCUGGGCCCUCACCUUCUCCUACGGACGGGCCCUGCAGGCCUCCGCUCUUAAAGCCUGGGGAGGAAAGAAGGAGAAUGGCAAGGCCUGCCAGGAGGAAUUCGUCAAGAGAGCCGUGAACAACAGCGCAGCAGCUGUCGGUAAAUACGUCUCCAAAGGAGACACCGGAGCAGCGGCAGGAGAGUCUCUGUUUGUGGCCAAUCAUGCUUAUUAAAGAAAUACCAACGGCCACACUUCAACCGGCUCACUCAUCUGUUCACUCAUAUGUGCACACACAGUCAUGAAUCACUCUUUCCAGCAUACACACUUUCCACAAUGAUAUAAGCAUCAUGAUAGGUGACCAACUGAUAAAGAUAGCCUGCGUUUCCUCCAUUUCAGCAACUUCUACGUUUGUUUUUUCAUCUGUUCUUUUCACCAUAUAUUUUCUAUAUCUGGCAUAAGAAUAAAGUAUUAAAUCAUCAA